AACCAGCGAAGAAGAAAAAGUUGCGCUUGACGUUAAUUCUGCCAGCGAUGGAUGUUCAGCUUCCACCACACGAGGGCGCCAAGCUCUCCGUGGUCGACAUGCACACUGGUGGCGAGCCGUUGCGCAUCGUCGUCAGCGGCUACCCCGAGGUCAAAGGCGGCACGGUGCUGUCCAAGCGGCGUUACAUGCGGGAGCGCUUGGACCACCUGAGGAGGGCACUGAUGUACGAGCCGCGGGGCCACUAUGACAUGUACGGCGCUCUGGUGGUGGACAGCGAGCUGGCGGAGGCCCACCUGGGCGUGCUGUUCAUGCACAACGAGGGCUACAGCACCAUGUGCGGGCACGCCGUCAUCGCGCUGGGACGCUUCGCCGUGGACUACGGGCUUGUGAAGGAGCCACGCUCGCCCGAGACAGUGGUGAACAUUCACUGCCCGUGCGGCCUGGUGAAGGCCUUUGUUGAGUAUUCGGAAGGAAAAACGGGGGCAGUGAGGUUCCUCAGUGUUCCGGCCUUUGCCUUCGCUACAGAUGUGACAGUCACGGUGGAAGGCUUUGGCGACGUGGCGGUGGACAUCGCAUACGGAGGAGCCUACUACGCCUUUGUAGACGCAAAGAGGUUCGGUCUGGACGUAUCCAAGUCCAGGACUCGAGACCUGGUGGAUGCUGCCACAGCUGUCACCACGGCGGUCAAGGCACAGGUGAAGCUCCACCAUCCAGUCAGCGAGGACCUGGCCUUCCUCUACGGCACCAUCCUCACCGAUGGAAAAGAUGACUAUACCCCGGAAGCUACCGCCAACGUCUGUGUGUUCGCAGAAGCUCAGGUGGACCGAAGCCCGACCGGUUCCGGCGUGACAGCGCGAGUGGCCCUCCAGUAUCACAAAGGUCUCCUCCAGUUGAACCAGUCCAGGACGUUCCAGAGCGGAGCGACGGGAUCUCAGUUCAGAGGGAAAGCUGUCGAGGAGACCACGUGUGGAAACUUCAAGGCAGUGGUGGUGGAGGUCGCCGGCAGAGCGUUUUACACAGGAGUUUCUAGUUUCGUGCAGGAGCCAGAAGACGAACUGACGCAUGGAUUUCUGCUGAAGUGAGCGUCCUUUCCACAGCGUUGUUCUCCGUUGGCCACUAGAUGGAGCUGUGACUUCUCAAAGCGUACUGUAUGAGCUUUCAGGCACAGACAUGCAUGCUUUACGUUCAUUAAAUAUGUACCACCACGAGAUAAACAUUUGGAUUUUCUCUUGCAUUGCUGCCGCAGGUGAGAAAGGAACAUAUCACUGUCAGUGAAAAGCAUAUAUCUGUAUACCAUAUAUCUAUUUUGAGUUUUUUUGUGUUUUUUUCCACCUGAAACGUAUGGAAGCCCGUUUCCGCCACUGAAAGAAAAAAAAUAUCCCAAUGAUAAGUCAUAACUAUGAGAUAAAAAGUCAUAAUAAUGACAUAAAAAGUAUAAAUUUUGAGAUAAAACGUCAUAAUUAUGAGAUAAAAAAUUUAAAAUUUGAGAUAAAACGUCAUAAUUAUGAGAUAAGUUGAAAUUAUGACAUACAAACUGCCUUCUUCACUGGAGCCUUCGUUACAUGCGCAGUUUGUCAGAAUUUUGACAUUAUCUCAUAAUUUCGACUUUUUAUCAUACUUCUGACUUUCUUCUCACAUAAUUAUGACUUUGUCAUCAUUUUGACUUUUCUUAUCUCAUAAUUAUGACUAUCAUUUCGACUUUUUAUCUCAUAAUCAUGACUUUUUAUCUGAUAAUUGUGACUUUCCUAAGUCAUAUGACUUGAAAGAAACACAUUUUCUGAAUAAUAAAAAAAAAAUGGCGACACAAACAAUGUUAAAGAAUAAAAGCAUGUACUGAAUUGGUUGGGUAUGUUUUUUAAUGGCAUGUAGCAUUGUACAUUAUGAUUUUUAGAUGUGCAAGUGUGUAACAAGCACGCAACCUUUUUAUACAGAUACAGUAUACGUCCUCUAUGACAUUAGUGACUUUUAGGCCCAGGCCUGGAGAGUACCAACUUGACAUUAAAUCAACAGUUAAGGCCAGCUCUUAACAGGAAUAAGUAAAAACAAACAUGAUCUGAUAUAUAUUUA